UUUGACCAUUUCCGAUGGACAAAGGCCAACGUGACCAACCAGUGGCACGUUUUGCACGGAACCUGGAUGCUCGUGGCUGUCGCACUUAACGGCGUUCUGCGCCGACAGGAGCGUCCAAUCGGCGACGGCGGCUACAGCGAAUGGGCGGGUUUUUGUGAAAGCGUCUUUUGCAUAUACCUGCGCAUUGGCGAUAGACAAGAGGUUUGGUAG